CCAGUAUCUAGCUCUUGUAGUUAAUUAAAUUUGCAAAUGGUUGUGUAUCAUGUUAUUGACGUUUACUGUAUAUAAAACGAACGGAAGGCAUAGUUGUAAAGAAUAGAAUUACUUACACUAUGCCGAAGGUUAAAGAUCUGCAUUUACAUAAAGAAGUAGAUAUGAUUACAAGUAGUGGUACAAAGAUUUUCGUGAAAACGUGGGAACUGAAUUAAAACAAAUUCUGUUUACCUAUGCAGUACUAACACAACAGAUGGUUUUUUUGCGUCAGAAAAGUGUGCUCUUGUUUGAUUGUGUAACUGGUCAUUAGUUUGUUGCUCAGUUUUACUGAUAUCGCGUGUGGUACCUGGCUGACCGCUGACCGUGAGGCAAAGCAUAUUAUCCAAAACAGUUACCACAACCAUUCUGUUUAAUUGCCGUAUUUCACACGUGAAAUUUUCGGUAAUUUAGUUCUAUAUUAUACGUAUAUAAUGCUCAAACUAAUGAACCCUGCUUAUAAGGAGAUUCACGUGAUCUUAACACUAAUAUCGAUUAUUUCUUUCCAUCACUACUGCGGUGUUCGUCACACUUGAUUUGUAUAAAACAUUUUACUUUUGAAUUAAAAUGUGCACCAUCUCUUAUCCAUUGACUAGGUGUUUAUCCUUAUUUUAAAUAAAACUAAAUAAUUCUUAGUUUCUUUCGACCUGUUACACUAAAAUAUCUAAAUUAACAUAAUAGUUAGUUGCGCCGAGUAGAAAUGGUGGAGAAUAUUAUUCUAAAUAAAAUUGGAGAUGGGACACCAGUGUCUACAAUUUGGAACACAGACGGUGCUCAUCAGGACAGUCAAGAGAAGCCCGCCCAUUACGAGAAGGCCAUUACAGAAGUUGGUUUUGGGAAGUAUAAUGUAAUGCUUAUUUUAACAUUAAUUCCAUCAGCGUUUGCUACCUCAUUUAGCACUUCUACAAUGUCUUACGUGUUUCCGAUAGCGCAAUGCGACUUAAACUUAACAUUGGACAACAAGGGAAUGUUGAACUCCAUAACUUACUUUGGGAUGUUGUCCAGUGGAUUUUUAUCGGGAUUUUUGACUGAUACGUUAGGCAGGAAGAAACUAAUGAUCUACGCAUUUAUAUUCGAUGGAUUUGUUGUAAUUAUGUGUGCUUUCUCAAAAAGUUUCACUUACUUAACGAUUGUGAAGUUCUUUGAAGGGUUCAUUGAAAAUGGAGGUUUUGCAGCAGUAAUAGCGUACACCAGUGAAUUCAAUUCGGCCAAAUUUCGCCCUUUUAUUCCCUUAUUUAACGGAAUCUUUGUUAAUAGUGGUGCAGUAGUUUUACCACUCAUGGCAUGGAUAAUAUUCACAGAUUCAAUCAACAUAUCAACUUUCGGCGGCUUCAUAGUUUUAAGGUCUUGGAAUCUAUUUAUUCUCGCCACUGCAAUUCCCAGUUUGAUGGCUGGAUUCCUGUAUAUACUUUUACCAGAAAGUCCCAAAUUUCUAAUGACUGUUGGAAAAAACGACGAGGCUCUAAAGACCUUUAACAAAAUGUACAAGUGCAAUAAUGGUAGCACAAAGGGCGAGUAUCCGAUAAAAGCUCUGGUAGAUGAACCGAAACUGCAAGGAAAUGAAAAACUUGGACAUGUUACUUCACAGCGCAGCAACAUUCAGGCAUUGAAAGAAGGUUUUCGACAAAUAGCGGCAAUAUUUUAUCGCCCAAAUUGCAUAAAUUUAAUUAUGGUUGUGAUUAUUCAGUUUGGACUCCUAAUGGGAAACAACACGUUGAGAUUAUGGCUACCACAGUUAUUUGCAGCGAUCAAUGAUCGUAGUGAGGUUGCAAAGAAAGAAGGUUUCGAUUUAUGUCGUACUCUACAAACCUUAAUUCCUAACUCAACAAGAAGUAAUGGAACUUGCUCUGUUAACUACAAUAAUUCCGAGGUAUAUGCGAACAAUGCCAUUUGUGGAGCCGUAGCUAUCGUCAUCCUACUACUUAGUUUACCUAUGGUUAGAUUGCUUGGAAAAAAGAUCGUUUUGUGUGGUAGCGCUCUCGGAUCCGGACUGUGCCUUAUAAUCAUAGCUUAUUAUGGAAACCACAUUACGGUAACAUUAACGUUGUCGUCUAUUCACAUAGGAUUCAACUACGUCGCCUUCAACACCUUGUUGAGUUCCAUUGUCGACUUGUUUCCAACCACCUUAAGAGCCAUGGCUGUUGCUUCCGCAAUGGCAUUUGGAAGAUUUGGUUCCUCCGUGGGGAACAUAAUAUUUCCGGCCCUGCUGGGUAUUGGGUGCCUAUACCCCUUCCUAACAAUCGGAGGGAUCAUUUUAGUUAGCGCGUUCCUAGCGAUGCUGCUACCAGAUAGUGAUAUGAAAGCGUUAAAAUAAAAUACGAGUGACUUCGAAAUUAUAGUUUACAGGCAGUAAGAUGUUCAACAUCUUAAUUGAUAUAGUAGGUCCGAAAUGCGUUGUGCCGAUCUGAUUGUGUUAUAAGCUAAGAGAUCAUUCACUAGAAAUCGCUCCAAAACUCUUAAUUUUUAUUGUUACUAUCAAAGAGUAGGUAUAACUAUGUAACAGUACGUUAUAGUUACAGCAACUACAGUACAUACCUAUUAGAUACUUAUGACACCAUAAACGUAAUUUAUGCUUAUUUACUGAUAACGUUAAUUGUUUACCCAUUUUGUUUACAUAAAGUGUAAAUUUUACUAAUUAAAUGAAAAUUGUGGUUA